UGGCUCUUUGCAUUAACACUUUUCUGCAACCCCUUCUCGUGUGCAAAGCAAAACGGAUCGCACUGCCACUGCCAACGAAUUCCGACUAGAGUGAGAGGGAAAGAGAGGGAAGAUCGGAGAGAAGGGAAAUCUCCCGUAUCAAUUUGAACGACGGAAAAACAGCACAAAAGCGGGAAGGGUGACAGUUUCUACAGGCAUUGGAAGAGAAACCUUCCCUUUGCAUCGAAAAUGGAGCUACCCGCCGCGGGAGAGCACGUCUUUGCGGUGGAGAGCAUCGAGAAGAAGCGGAAUCGAAAGGGGAGGAUGGAAUACCUAGUCAAGUGGCGAGGAUGGUCUCCAAAAUAUAACACGUGGGAACCAGAAGAAAACAUUCUCGACCCGCGGCUGCUUGACGCUUUCCAAAACAGGGAGAGAUACGAGCAGCUUAUGGGAUAUCGCAAAAGAGGGCCAAAGCCAAAGCACCUGAUGGGCCAGGUCCCGUCCUUUGCCCGGAGAUCCAGCGUCCUCUCAGGCCUUCAGGAGACCACCCUGGACGAGGACAACCGGCAGAAAGUGGAUCCCAUCCAGACAGUGCGCUCGCAGACCCAGCAGUACCAGCUGAACAGCAAGAAGCACCACCAGUACCAGCCCCUGCUGGCCAAGGAGAGGGAGGCCGAGCAGCAGGCCAACGGAAAGAAGAAGCUCUACUACCAGCUCAACAGCAAGAAACAUCACCACUACCAGCCUGACCCCAAGAUGUACGACAGCACCCAGUGCAUGAAGCCAAGGGAGGCCACCAAAGCUCCGGAACUGCCCACCAACCACAGCUGGAACCUGCCUCCCGCGCUGCAGCAGAAGUGGGUCCGGGACAAGGACUCUGGUUGCCUGAGCAAAGUCAAGGAUAUCACCAUGGAGCUAAAGAAGCUUCCGGCUCACCUCAACGGCCACAGUGGCGAAUCGGAGCAGAGCAAGGCCACGGACAAAGAGGACGCACCGCUGUUGAAGGCCAACGGUGUCAGCGACAGCAAGCUGAAGAUCGUCAAGAACAAAAACAAGAACGGACGCAUCGUCAUUGUCAUGAGCAAGUACAUGGAGAACGGCAUGCAGGCGGCAAGAAUUAAAAAUGGAGAUGUGGAAACCCUUGACGAACAACCCUUGAUGAACCUUGACGAACAGCCGGACAAUAAUGAUGAUGCUGCAGAAAAUCAACUUGAAAAGAUGAGGCUCGUCCAGAAACUGGGUCUCACCAAUGGAUUCGCGAAAGACUACAACAAAGGGUCUAACAGAUCUAACGUAUUUAAGUGUCCUGCUGACAAGGUCGACUCACCCAAAAUGGAGCUUAGUGCGACAGAGCAGAAUAAACAUUUCAAUGUCAGGGGUCAGAAGGAGGCUACAGAGGAUCAGCCCCUGCAGCUGACCACCAAACCUAACCUUGCCCCUUGGCCCUUUGAGAUGGGGGUUCAUAGGACUCAGCCAGGAAACGGCUCUUCUCCAGCCCUCAAACGUCACCUUUCGGAGGCAGACAAGGGCGAGGACCGGGGUGGCUGUAAACAGUUUCUAAACUCCCGGAGUAUCAGUGCACCCUGCACUGUGUCCUCACCUCCUCAAAGCAACUCCAUGGACCAAAAUGGCCACCAUAGCCACAAUGGCCACCAGGACUACGACUUCCUGGAGUCUAACCAGGACGAGCCCAUGGACCUCAGCUGUGUGAGGUCCAGGCGGGAGGCUCCAGUUCCCACAGAGACACAGGUGGCUCCUUCUGCUGAGGAGGAGAAGACUGCAGAACAGACAAAACUGCCAUUGGCCAUCACAACAGAACAGACUGUGAAAGGGGAGCCGUUUCCUUCAUUCAAGCCUUUCCUUGGGAAUAUAGUCAUCACGGAUAUUACAACAAACUGUCUCACGGUGACAUUUAAGGAAUACGUUACAGUGUAACGAAGCUAGGAAAAGACGAUCUGAGGACAAGGGAUUAACAGCAACUGUGUGAAUUUGUACAAAUGUGUGUUGGAACAUAUUGGUAUUUUCAGAUGUUUGAAUGUAAAUAAGAACCCUUACAGUUUGCAUUUAGUGGGGUUGAGAUUCAUUUUGUUUCGGGUUUCUAACCCUUCUAUAAUUUGCAUGUACGUAACUUUGGCUAUCAUUCUCUAAAUGAGACCCAGAGUUUUUAUCAUACUUGAUGAUGUAGGCUUCUAAUUGAGUUACAAACUACUUUAGUACAUGCUAUUCUGACAUAUGGUAUCAGGGCUCAGUGAAAAAGCACUUACUCAUGUAAAUAUUAUUUACUUUUGAUAAAGGCUUUAUAUCCGU